AUGCAAGACACCGUAUUCGCCGUCGCGCGAUGGCCAUUCUGGAGAAUCCUGGCAUACACGGAUCCGCGCUACGCAGGGGCAAUCGUGCAGCAUCACAUUACUCUGUGGGAUGAGAUCUGGGGAGGAGAUGAAGGAGAGAGAUGUCGGGAGAAGUUCGUGGAGCACUACAAUUAUGUACGGAAGGUUGUGCCGCCGCGGCGACUGCUGGAGUAUCAAGUGCAGGAAGGAUGGGGACCUCUGUGUCGGUUUCUGGAGGUGGAGGAGCCCAAGGAGCCAUUUCCGGUUGUUCAUACGGGGUCACAGUUUAUGAGAACUGCUGCGAGGGGGUGGUGGGAUUGUGUUGGGAGGAGUAUUAGAAAUGUGACAGCAGCAGCGGUCUGCCUGUGGAUUUUGGUGUAUGGGUUCUUUUGGGGACUGGAGACUAGUGCAAAAGGCUGCUCGCCGAGUCGCCGAGUCACCGACUUGAUUGACUCUUAG